AUGGAGAAGUCCAGGAAGAUCUUUGUCAGUGUCCUCCUGUUUGUCCUGUCUGUGGAAAGCUGCUUGGCUCAACACUGGUCUUACGGCCUGAAGCCAGGAGGAAAAAUGAAUGCCGAAAACCUGGUGGAAUCCUUUCAAGAGAUUGCAAAUGAAAUGGAAAAACUAGGGGAAGUGGAGAAGACUGGAUGCCCAGGCUCGUAUCAGCGUUCCAGGUUCAGCGAUCUGAAGGAAGCCAUGGAAAGUCUGAUGGAAGGAGAAGCUAGACGAAAGAAGAUUUAA